AUGAACCCUAACGAGCUAACGGCCUCUGCAGACAAACGCUGGGUGCUGGAAGGUGAAGCCUGUAAAAUGAGUGCUGCUUCGUCCCAAAAAGUUGUUUUGAAAAGCACAACCAAAGUGUCGCUGAAUGAGCGCUUUACUAACAUGCUGAUGAACAAGCAGCCCACUGCAGUAAACAUUCGAGCCACCAUGCAACAACAACACAUGGCAAGUGCUCGCAAUCGGCGCCUUGCACAACAAAUGGAGAACCGGCCCUCUGUGCAAGCGGCUUUGAAUCAUAAGCAGAGCUUGAAGCAGCGGCUGGGAAAGGGCAACAUCCAAGCUCGGCUGGGCAGACCAAUAGGCGUGAUGAGGGGAGCUGUAGGAGGCAGAGGACUGCGUGGGAUCGGACGAAGCAUGGGCCGUGGGCGCGGCAGAGGAGGACCUGUACUCAGAGGAGCAAUGGCUCUCAGAGGAAAGCGUAUGGGUGGCGGGCCUUUACGAGGCCGUGGUCCUGCUGGAAGAAUGGCCAUGAGAAGAGGUGGUCGUCAACGUGGAGGCAUGCCAGGACGUGGAGGAGUCAUGUCCAGAGGAGCAGCUCGAGGAGGACCUGUCAGAGGUCGUGGAGGCUUGAGGGGCCGAGGUGGUUUCAGUGGCCGCGGGGGCAGAGGCCGUGGCCGUGGCCUGGGUCGUCCGUCAGUGACCCGGGAGCAGUUGGACAACCAGCUGGACGCCUACAUGUCAAAGACGAAGGGCCACCUGGACGCAGAGCUGGAUGCCUACAUGGCCCAGGCAGACCCUGACAUCAUGGAGUGA